CCGGAACUCGGCACGUUCAUCGACGAUGGCGCCCUCCAGCUCGUCGAAGUCCUGGGCUACGGCGGCUACGGCGUCGUCUACCGCGCCGUCGACCCCCGGUCCUGCGAUCAGACCUCCUAUGCCGUCAAGUGUCUCAUCCAUGCCAAUAUGCACGAAACGUCCCGCCAGCGACAAGUCCACCUCCGCGAGAUCGCCCUCCACCAGCGCGCCUCCGCGCACCCCAACGUUGUCACCCUGCACCGCGUCAUCGAGGAGCACGACUACACGUGGAUCGUCAUGGACUAUUGCAGCGACGGCGACCUCUUCUCGCAAAUUCUCAACAACCGUCGCUAUCUCGGGCGAGAGCGGCUCAUCAAGCGGGUCUUCCUUCAGCUGCUCGACGCGGUUGAAUAUUGCCAUUCUAUCGGUAUUUAUCACCGUGAUCUGAAGCCAGAGAACGUUCUAUGCUUUGAUGAAGGCCUGCGGCUGGCCAUCACUGAUUUUGGUCUCGCCACAACCGAUGCGCUCAGCGAUGAGUUCCGCACAGGCAGCAUCUACCACAUGAGUCCCGAAUGCAAAGGCGGCGCCUUUGCGCCCGAGGGGACAUAUGCUCCUAUGUUCAAUGAUAUAUGGUCUCUUGGUAUCAUCCUUCUUAAUAUUAUUACCGGCCGCAAUCCCUGGCGGUCCGCAUCGGACUCGGAUCCGACGUUCCGCGCGUAC